AUUCAUAAAAAAGCCAUUUUCCCAGGCAGUGGUUGCAACAUCGCCGCCGAGGCAGCGAACGAAGCUGACAGCGCGGAGCUGGCGCUGUGGAGCGCAGGGAGCCUCGCCGGUUCCUCCGGCCGGCGUCUGCGAGUACAGCAGCGGCUGACCUGCUAGGGUUCCGGGAUUUACACAGACGUGGAGCGAUGCUUGUGACUCUGCAGCUCCUCAAAGGCCCCUAGAAGCCUGUUUCUCCGUGCAGUCCAGGACCUCCAGCUCCAUGGAGCCCCCGAUCCCACAGAGCACCCCCUUGACUCCUAGCUCAGUCAUGGUCCAGCCCAUUCUUGACAGCCGGAUGCCCCACAGCCGGCUCCAGCACCCGCUCACCAUCCUGCCCAUUGACCAGAUGAAGACCAGCCACGUGGAGAACGACUACAUAGACAACCCUGGCCUGGCCCCCACUGCGGGCCCGAAGCGGACCCGGGGUGGGGCCCCAGAGCCGGCCCCAACACCCGCCCGCUGUGACCAGGAUGUCACCCACCACUGGAUCUCCUUCAGUGGACGCCCCAGCUCUGUGAGCAGCAGCAGCAGCACAUCCUCCGACCAGCGGCUCUUAGACCACAUGGCACCACCGCCCGUGGCUGACCAGGCCUCGCCGAGGGCUGUGCGCAUCCAGCCCAAGGUGGUCCACUGCAAGCCUCUGGACCUCAAGGGCCCAGCGGUCCCACCAGAACUGGACAAGCACUUCUUGCUGUGCGAGGCCUGUGGGAAGUGUAAAUGCAAGGAGUGUGCGUCCCCCAGGACGUUGCCCUCCUGCUGGGUCUGCAACCAGGAGUGCCUGUGCUCGGCCCAGACCCUGGUCAACUACGGCACGUGCAUGUGCCUGGUGCAGGGCAUCUUCUACCACUGCACCAACGAGGACGACGAGGGCUCCUGCGCCGACCACCCCUGCUCCUGCUCCCACUCAAACUGCUGCGCCCGCUGGUCCUUCAUGGGCGCUCUCUCCCUGGUGCUGCCCUGCCUGCUCUGCUACCUGCCUGCCACUGGCUGCGUGAAGCUGGCCCAGCGCGGCUACGACCGCCUGCGCCGCCCUGGUUGUCGCUGCAAGCACACGAACAGCGUCAUCUGCAAGGCAGCCAGCGGGGAUGCCAAGGCCAGCAGACCCGACAAGCCUUUCUGACGCUUUGGGUCGAAGCCCCAGCGCUGCCCCUGGAAACGUGGUUCCCUUCUGACAUCUGAGAAGACUGCAGCCGGGCCAGAGGUUGCAUCCUCCCGCGGCUGCCUUGCUAGUCUGUCCACUCCCGACCCCCAGCUUUGGAGGAUAGAGACCACCGCCGCAUGCUCUACUCCUCGAGAGGAUGAAGAAGCACUUUGGGGUUUUUUCAGGGUCUUGGAACUUUGUGUCAAACAGACAAUGGCAGGGGCAGGGUGUGGUUUGUGCGGGGGGGAGGAUUUUUCUUUUUCAGAAGACGGAACACAGAUGUGGACACAUCUCCGGAAGUUGCAGCUGCUUGAAUGCCUUCCCGGCCCCUCCCCCCCUUCCUUUCUCUCUCCCUCUUUCCGUCGUCUGUGGCUCUCGGAGGAGCGGGCUGCCUGGGAAGAAUUGCUGAGUGCCAGGGUACCUUUGAAGAAGACCCUUGGAGUCUUGACUUCUAUACCUUCCUCUCCUUCCGCUCCUCACUCCAACCCAGCUCGCCCCGACCUUUUGGGGAAGGCAUAGGACACCCCAGCAGUCCUUGCUGUACAUACCUGGGAGCCCACUGAAAACAGAGGACGGCCUGUGAGUCCAAGCCUUGUUCCUCCUCUCCUGCCUGCCCGGAGCCACAGGACGGAUUUAGGAGCCACUGCGCAGUGCGUCUCUCCCUUCCAACUUCGUCACUAACUCUUGGGGUGUUCCGUUCAUCACACCGUCCUUCGGUUCUUACCGAGUCACAGACUCGCCUGCCCACUACGUGUCCGAGUUCUCUCUACUCAGAUCCUUUCCAGAAACUUUAAGGGUAGAGAAGCCCAGGGCGACAAAUGCGAGACCAAAUAUCAUUUUGCCAAUGAGUCUGAGGCUGUGGUCUCUGGAUCCAGUCAUUACGUUUUUAUAGAAUAAUUAAACCAGAUGCUAACGGUGUUUUAAAAAAAUAAUAAUACAACAACUUGCUUUCCUUUUGGGCCACCCCCAGGAAGGGCUGAUUUCAAAAUCUGGGGGGGCGAGCAACCUCAAGGAACAUAAUUCCCCUCCCCACCAAGAAGAGGAUUUUAACAGCAAGGAAGAGAGGCGGCGCCUCCCAUUGGCAGAAUGAAUGACAGUCGAGCCGAGCCGGGUGUGGGUUUCUUCUCUUCCGAUUCUGCUGCUGCUGUCAUAGCCUUUUGUGUAUAGUGAUGCGUCUGUAUCUUUAAUGUACAUAGAGAGAUGAUGAAAAAAGAGUCUAUUUUAGUUUUAGGAAGCCCCAGUGUGGGGGAGUGUCAGAAGAGCUCGAGACAGGGUGGGGGAAAGAUUCUCCAGGGGACACUGGGGACAGAGCCCUGCUUUAGUGCAUAGCCACACCACCCUCUCCCGACAGCCCCCAAAGACGUAGCAACUCUUUCUCUCAAGGUGCUAAAGGACUCAGAAAGUGCAGCACGUCCAGUGGGUAGGUACUUGUUGCAUGCAAACGCAGUAGUGUGUCUGGUCCUUCCUCCCCGGCUGUGGUGUGGGGUUUUUGCUUUGUGUGGUAAUUUGUUCUCCCCUCUCAUGAGAGGACACGGCCUGGGUCGCAAGACCUUCCCCAGGCGAGACUGGAAGCGCAUUAGGCAGGGCUGCUGUCACGCUUCCAGUUUGUUCUGUAGGAGCAGAACCGCCUCCAGGAAGGAGGCGAUGAGGCAGGUAGCUGUGAUUGGCAUGCACCCAAUGCUUCUCCGGGACCUUUUUUUCCCUUCUUGAAGACUAGUAGUAACACCUUAUGAUUUAGAAUAAGUUAAUUGUAACCAUAGGUAUUUAUUGAUUGGAGGAAGGGAGGGUCAUAUUAUUUUCGGCUUUAUUUAUGUAACAUUUGCUAGCUUGUAAAAGGCGAAUGUGAAAUAUUGCAUCUGCAUUUUCUAAGGCUGAUUCAUGUAGCUACCCUUGCCACAUUUGUGAUGGAUGUAUGGAUGUUCUUGAAUAUUUCGGAAGGAAUAGUAGGAAAAAAAACAUAUUCAGCCAACCACUUAUCCUAAUUGAAUGUAUCAGAAGUGUACUGAAGGGACUGGCGAUGUUUCCUCAGACGAGGUGGCCCCCAAGACGGUAGCGCACACGUGCACUCUUUCCUCGAGGCCGCGGAACUUUUCCCAGGGCCCUUCCCUCAAAUCGUCUCCGUGGGAAACGACCCAGUGGCAAGUUGCACUUUGGUGAUCUUGGUGGUCUACGCACCCAUUCUGUGGAGAAUUGAUUUACAUAAGCUGUGUCUGCAUAUACACACACACACACACACACACACACACACACCCCGACCCUCUACCGACAGAGACCCUGUUUCCCAGCAAACGGCCUCCUGAACCCUGACGUUUUAUGUACAUAGUUGUAAACACGGAUUUUUUCUGGGUUUUGGUUUGCUUUUCUUCUUUCUUGCCCUCUCCCCUCUCCCGUUUAGGCUUGUUCUCUUUGGUUUGCUUUCGUGCUGCUGCAGAGACGUCUGCAGCCCUCUCCCUAACAGUCCGCCUCGUGCCUCGUGUGCUCAGCGGUGAAGGGAAGGAGUGAGGGGACCCUCCCUGGUUCUCCCAGGUCUCCUGUGCAGCGUUCCCUCAGCUUCUUGGCAAAAAAGAGAAAGAAAGAAAGAAAAAAGCUGGCUCAUCCACGGCCUCUCCCCACCCCUGGGGCCAGUCGAGGGCCACUGAGGGACCAAGCACUCAGAAACGUGGCCCCUUUCUCUAGCUGCUUCUGGCUGUUUUCUGUACCAGUGGCUUGCUUGGCUGGAUUAUGCCUGGUCUUGACCUUUUGUGAAAAGCACCAAGCUGGUCCCCACUCCUGUUCACCCUGGGGUGGGUGCAGUUCUGCCUUCACUGGAAGUGGGGGACCAAGCCUGGAUCCAGAUCCCUCCUCCUAGGGGCCUUCGACUGCCCCCCGCACCCGAGGGUGGGUAUGUGAAGGCCAGCAUUCCAGCAAGCACCCCGGCAGGUGGGUCAGGGUGGAAAAGCCUUCCCAGAUGAGUGGCAGGGCACUGCCACGGCUUCUCAGAGCACCGGGCAGGCAGGGAGUGAAGACCGGCCCUUUCUGUUGUGGGCCCCUUCACAGCUGAUGGAGGCAAAGACCUCAUAGGGCAUCACUAGUCCUUUCAGCCUUGUGAAGUCUGUAUCCAACGCCAUUGUACCUCGAGUACAGUGAGGCCCAGCUAGACAAAUGGCUUGUCCAAGAUUGCACACGUGAAAAGUGUUGACCUGGCCCGGGACCCAGAUGACUGUCACCUUGAAGCGUUCUCCCGUGCUGCCCCAGGAAGCGUGCGAUGGGCUGUGAGCAGCACAGCUUUGCACUAUACAGUUCACUAGGGCGUCCUGCGAGCUCCACCAGCCUUCUGGUUCAUGCCUUGGAUAAGCAUCUUCACGCCCUCUCUGCUAACUGUGACAGUCGAUGACGAAUCUUGAGUUGCCAUUUUUUGCUGUGGGUCACUGCGCGCGCGGUGUCUUAUCUUGCUUUCUCUUCUCACUGCCCCGCGGUUUGGUUUCGUGUUACAAACAGAAAAACUGUUCCAGGCUCCCAGCCCACCACGUUCCUGCUUCAUCUCCCCCCUUCACCGUAGCCCCCCUCAUCCCAUCACAAAAGUUACCACA